GCUGGCGCUAGAACUACAAGUCCCGUGAGCCAACGAGCGCGCAGCCGUUGUAAGCCAAUUGCUGAUACAGAUAGAGCGAGAAGGAUAAAAAAAAAAAAAGAAAACCCGGUUCGCCAUAAGCAGUGUGUGAAGCGACGGCCUGAAGACCGGCAAACGGAGAUGGCAUCUGAAGAUAUCUCACAGUUGGCUGAUUCCCUGGCAAAGACCAAGGUGGGAGGAGGAGAGCUGAGCUUUAAAGGCAGAACUCUGAAACUGAACACUGCACAAGACGCAGAGAAAGUCGUGCAAGAAAUAGAAAAUUUUGAAGGACUUCAAGCAUUACGUCUUGAAGGCAACACUGUGGGUGUUGAAGCUGCUAAAGCUAUAGCCAAGGCCUUGGAAAAAAAAUCUGACCUCAAGAGAUGUCAUUGGAAUGACAUGUUUACUGGAAGAUUGAGAUCGGAAAUCCCUCCAGCGCUGAUGUCUUUAGGUGAUGCAUUGAUGAGUGCUGGGGCGCAGCUGACAGAGCUUGAUUUGAGUGACAAUGCUUUUGGACCAGAUGGGGUUCAAGGGUUUGAAGCACUGCUGAAAAGUCCUGUGUGCUACACACUUCAAGAACUGAAACUAAACAACUGUGGAAUGGGAAUUGGUGGAGGAAAGAUUCUGGCUGCAGCACUUACUGCAUGCCACAAAACAUCCAGUUCCCUUGGCAAACCCCUGGCCCUCAAGGUGUUUGUGGCAGGAAGGAAUCGCUUGGAAAAUGACGGUGCCACAGCUUUGGCAGAGGCAUUUCGGUUAAUCGGCACCUUGGAAGAAGUACACAUGCCCCAGAAUGGGAUCAAUCAUGCUGGCAUCACUGCGUUGGCUGAAGCCUUUAAAGCAAAUCCUUUAUUGAAAGUCAUUAAUCUCAAUGAUAAUACAUUUACAGAUAAAGGAGGCAUUGCUAUGGCAGAGGCACUAAAGUCUUUAAGGCAAGUGGAGCAUAUAAAUUUUGGAGAUUGUUUGGUGCGAUCUAAAGGAGCAAUGGCCAUUGCUGCUGCCCUAAGAGAGGGCUUACAUAAAAUAAAGGAACUUAACCUUUCCUUCUGUGAAAUUGAACGUGAAGCAGCUGUUAGUUUGGCUGAAUCCAUUGAAGAUAAAUCUGAGCUUGAGAAAUUGGAUAUAAAUGGAAAUAACCUGGGUGAAGAAGGUUGUGAACAUGUUCAGGAAAUUUUGGAUAGCUAUAACAUGAGCUCAGUGCUGGGGUCCCUGAGUGAUGAUGAAGGAGAUGAAGAUAACGAGGAUGAUGAUGAGGAUGACGACGACGAAGAGGAGGAGGAGGAAGAUGGCGAAGAAGAUGAUGAGGAUGAGGAUGAAGAUGAUGAGGACGAAGAGGAGGAAGGAGAUGAAGAGGAGGAAAAUGAAGAAGAAAAGCCAAAGAAGUUUCCUCCUCAGGAAUCCUCACCUGCCACCACUCCUCGUCCUCCUGUUGAUGCAUCCGCUUUCCUCAACUUUCCCUCUCCUGAGAAACUCUUAAAGAUGGGUCCUAGGCGUUCAGCAAUUAUAGCUCAGACUGAUGUUGCAGACACUGAUAAGGUAGUACAGGCUUUCAUCCAAAUAGCCUCCGUGUAUAGAGAUGACCAAGAGGUAAAGACAGCGGUGGAAGAAACAAUUGAUGAGUUGAUGAAGAAAGCUUUUAACACCUCUGCUUUCGAGCCAAAUUUGUUCAUUACCAGUUUGCUUGUUAGGAUGGGACUUCUUAAGAGUGAAGAGAAGAUAAAAGCGAUCCCCCAUCUGUAUGGGCCAUUACUGUCUUUAAAUCAUAUCGUGCAGCAGGAUUAUUUUCAGAAGUCUGUCAUUCCUAUACUGUUGGCUUUUAUUUCCAAGCCAAAUUGUGCACUCGAAACACAGCCUCAAGCCCGGCACAUUCUCAUGCAGACUCUUCAUAACUUGUGACCCUUUCAGCAGGAUUGGACUAUGAUGGCUCAGGUCCCAAAUGUAGGACCAUAAAAAAAAGAGGGAAAUAAUCACACAAACUUUGCCAAGAGACUUCAGACCAUGCAGAGGGUCAAAUGCCUUGCCCUUAUCCAGAGCUCCUUUCCAGUCUCUCUGUUUACACGUGAUUGGGUCUUUGCCCUACCUCUUGAUACCUAAUGACCCAGUUAACUUGGUCUGAAUCUCAGGAAACAAAGUCUAAAACUGGACACUUAUUAAAUGUCUUUAUUGCAGCAUACAACAAAAAUAUAUUGUAUGGUGUCUUUGCUCCUUUACGAUGAUUGCUAUGAAGCUCUUAUCAAAAUAUUUAAUGCUGUUUGGUUAUAAAUGGUCUUCAUUUGGAAUUUGAUCCAUAACUAAAGGUCUUAAAGGCAAUCUGUCAGCCUCUCAACACCAAACUAGAAUAAGCAAUAUUUAGUGUAAAUGGCACGGAGUCAGAUUAUUAUGCAUUGUACUUCCCAGUUUGCAGGCGGCAGAACAUAAAAAUGCAAAUUAAUAUGAUUUUUCAUUUCCACCAUACAUCACUUACUGUAGUCUGUAGUGUUGCCCUUUAAAGAUGCAAAUAAUGAGUCUGUUCAAUACCUGGUAUAUCUUAAGAAUGUAGAUAAGCUACUUCAGCACAGGUGUAUCUGAGCAAUGGGAAAAAUUGAAAAGGUAUUGGAUAGCAAGUUUAUAAUUGAAGUGUAUAUAAAAUGAAUACCUUUUUUAAAUUUAGACAAAGGCAAUGCCCUUGAUCUAGACGGAUGUGUGGAAAUCUAUUUGUAUAUACUUUGUGUUUUUUAGUCAUGUCACAAUGUCUCCUUAUUCUUGUAGAGGUAAAAAAAAAAUAACUUUUACCUGCUUUUGAAAAUAUGAGGUUUUACAAUGGCAUCAUAAUAUAUUUUUUGGGAGUUUGUUACUGAGUGAGAGGUGGAUUGCUGUUAUUUUUUAAUUUUUAUUUUUUUAAUUUAAGCCACAUCAUGAAGUUUCAUACUAACACAAAAUGUAAUGUAGACUGCAUGUUCUGCAAAACUAAAAACAUUCAAAUAAAAUUACAUUGGCGAAAAGCUCUAAAAUUAAAGGGAAAAUGCAAAUAAAGGCAUUCUUUUGGUUA